GGUGAGAGAAAACCUGUCCGAUGAAUUACCAAUUGUCUCCAUUCGUCCCUCCUACACCCCACCGCCCCACUCGCCGGAGCUCGACCGCCUCGAUGCCUCACGAUUCGCGCCCAGCUGGGAUGCGCCUCUUCGGCGUCACCAUCGCGCCGGCGCCCCCGCCGGCGCUGGAGGUGGAUCCGGCUGACCGGCGUUCGAGCCCGAACCCGCCGUUGGCGGCGAGGGAGACCGUGAUGCGCAAGUGUAAGAGCAUGGGAAACCUCGCCGCCGCCGGCUCAGGAGAUGGUGGCGGCGCCGGCGACGGGUACCUCUCCGAUGGCGGGUUGAUGCAGUCGUCCGGGAAGCGGCGGAGAGCGCAGGAGAGGAAGAAAGCUGUUCCUUGGACUGAAGAAGAGCAUAGGACAUUUCUUGCUGGUCUUGAAAAGCUAGGGAAGGGAGACUGGAGGGGUAUAGCAAAAAAAUUUGUUACUACAAGAACACCUACCCAAGUGGCAAGCCAUGCUCAGAAAUUUUUUCUCAGACAAACUAAUCCAAACAAGAAGAAGCGCAGAGCUAGUCUUUUUGAUAUGAUGCCAGGAGAGCUGUCAGAAGCACCAAAUUGCCCCAUCUUACCACCAUCAAUGGCAAAAGUACAUGAUGUGGUAGCUAUGACGAAACUACUCCAGAACAGCAACUUGGAAGGAGUCUCAUCUUCAAACGCCUAUAUGGCACCUCAAGUUGGAAGAGAUCUUUCCCCAGUUCCAUCUUUUAAGGCAACAAAUAUGGAUUCAAGUUUCAGAAAAUUGAACCACAUGGAGCGCUUCUGGAAAAUGCCCUUCCCGUUCAGACCAAUUCCAAGAUCCCCUGAAGGGACGUCUUCAUCAACUCCUGCCACUGCCAAUAUAGCUGCUCCAGCAUCUCAAGCAUUCUUGAGCCUGCAAAGUGAUUCUUCAUCAUCGCCUCCUCCAAAGGCAGAUCCUCCAACAGAGAAGAAGGAUUUGGAACUAACUGUUGCCCCACCCUUCCAACAAACCAUGACCAAUAUUUCUUCCCAGAAUGCGUUCAUGUGCAUGCAUGGUUCUCUGCAUUAGGUCCAGGAAGAAGGUAGAGCAAAUCAUCAAUGGAGAUUGUGACUGAAAAAAGAGUGCAAUACAGAAUGUUGCCGAGCCGUAGCUCUUUUCCUGAACCUCAUGGUUGGUACUUGAACAGCUUGCUGUCUGACUGUUGUAACUGAACGUUUUGGUUUAGAUUCCUUUUGUGAAUGAGAGGUGUACUUGAGGUUUCUGAAGGAACAAUUCUUGUUGCCUGUUGCAGAAGUGAGAACUAUGAACAAGGGAAAUACUUCUUCGGCCAAAAAAAAAGGAAAGGAAAGGAAAGAAAGGGAAAUACUUGACCAAAUGCAAGACUGAACAUCUUGAUCUGGAUCAUCCGUUUUGUGUUUCAAUGGAGGACCAAAAGCCUUGGACCAACCUUGGAUAAUAAUCUGACGCUUGGGUAGACGUCAGCACAAGAUUCUUAUGCCCCAUUUUUGGAAUAUCACAUUCUUGCAAAAUUCUUCGGAAAUUUUCUGCUUUCCACUGGAUAUGAAAUCCUCGCAAAAUUCUUGA